AUUGAUCAAGUGAGUAAAAAUCUUACACAUCACUUUAGCACUGACAUAUUGACAUUUUGACAUCUGAUAAAAAAAAAUGUUUGCAAAUUCUUACCAAAGCGGAUUUAUCUCAAUAUUUUAUAGUGUCGGAAGUAAUCCAUUAGCCCUAUGGGACAAGCAGGUUAAAAAUGGACAUAUCAGAAGGAUCGUGGAUGACGAAGUAAAAUCGUUGGUGUUAGAUAUAUCCGGUACAAACGUAGCAACCACCUACAUUACAUGUCCGAUCAAACCAAGAGCCUCCCUCGGUAUAAGGUUACCGUUCUUCGUAAUGAUCAUAAAGAAUAUGAAGAAAUAUUUUACAUUUGAAAUACAAAUAUUAGAUGACAAAGACAUGCACCGUAGAUUUAGGGUGUCCAACUUCCCAAUCCAGCACGAAAGUAAAGCCUUUCUGUACUACAAUGCCAAUUGGACUUAGUUCGGGGUGGAACCAAGUCCAGUUCAAUUUAGCUGAUUUUACCAAAAGAGCUUAUGGCUCGACAUACUGCGAAACUAUGAGAGUACAAAUACACGCAAAUGUCCGUGUUAGACGAUUAUAUUUCACAGACACCUUGUAUACUGACGAAGAACUGCCGAAUGAAUUUAAACUCUUCGGGCCGAUGUCGCAAAAGAAGAAGGAAGCCGAGAGAAAACCAUCAAAAGAACAAGCCGUCAAAGAAGAAGCAAAACCACCCGAAGAAGUACCUCCUCCACCGUCACCUGUAGAUACAACCGUAGCCGAAGAAGUAGAGGCAGAAGGCAAGGCAGGCGAAAGUCCCAAAGCUGAAGUAACGCCUAGUCAAGAGGGUCCGAGUAUGGGAGCUCCUAGCGAAGGAGCCCCAAGUGUAGGUGCUCCAAGUGAACGUGGUGACAGUGAAGGUGAAGCAAGUGAAUACGAAGGAGAAAGUGGGGCAGAAGAAGAAGGUGGAGCAAUUACAGAAGGAGCAGAACUCGUAUCAGGCGGGCCCCCAGAGGGUGAAGAAGCUGCUAAUAUUGAAGGAACUGCAGAAGGUGGCGAAGCUGCUGCUGCAGAAGGAGAAGCGCCUACAGAAGGUGCAGAAGCAGCACCCGUUGAAGCCGUACCAGAAUCAGAAGCAGCUCCCGCAGAAGCAGCUCCUGCAGAACCGACGGAGACUCCUACUGAAUCUGAUGCUGAGGAACAAGGCGCCGCAGAAGCACCACCACCAGAAUAGACCAAUUAAGAACUACACAGAGUGUUUGGUAAAAACUAACUUCUAUUUGAAAGCACAUUUACUUUCCUAAUAACUAAAUAUGCUAUUAUAACAUAUUUCAAGAAAAUAAGUUUUAAGUAAAAAAUGGAAUAUUUAAAAAUAAUAUAUUGAUUUUUAUAUUUAUAUAUAAUAUUAAUGAAUACAUAAUUUCAUAAGGGGUAAAAGUUGAAAAUCCAUAAUCUUGUAACUUUUCUUCGGAUUGAGUUAACUAGAAAUCUUUAUUACUGGUUUUUAUGACACGUUAGUUUAUUAUUUCCUUUUAUUAAAAAACAGUGACCAGUGACACGCAAAAAAACAUUUUCUAAUUUUGACAUAUAAAGUACAUUUUUUAGAAUCGUAACCAGUGUCAAAAUGAUCUACUUUACGCAACCAGUUGCAUAAUGUUGAACCAAAUAAAUCAUUAUGUUACCAGUUGCGAAAAUAAAACCGUUGAAAAUAAACUUUUUUGGUUUUAAAAUCAAAGUACAUUAUUAUAUUUAUUAUUGAAAGUUUAUAUCAAAGAAGGACAGGUUGACUCAUAAAAAUAGAAUUUUGAUAAACUUAACAUCUGGUGUCAAUGUUGUUGAGAAUAAAUAAUUAAUAUGAUUUUCAUUCUGUCCAUAAAAUCAAUGAAGUUAUGCAUAUGCAACUAACAAUACAUGAAAGUAACAUUGCUUGCCUACCUAGAUGUCAGUAAUGUUUUACCAAAACACAUUUUUAUAAAUAUUACAGCCAAAAUUAGAAAAAAUAUUGUAUGUAACACAUUAACUAAUGCUGUAAAUAACGCAUUUCGUAAUUGGUUGCAUAAAUAGCUAUUAUUUAGAUAUAUUUGAAAUUGUCAUGAAUUUUUACAGAAAAAUGUGCUUGCAAAUAUUUGUUAUUCUUUUCCAUCCACUCUGUUAAGUUAUAAUUUUUUAUGUUUAUUACCUAUAUCGUAAAUACUGUAAAUCCGCUAGAAUAGUGAACUUGGCAGCCAUUUGUGUACUAUUUUUUUAUACAUCUAUGGUUUUAAAUUUGUCAAUAUAUCUUUAUGUAUUUGUAUUAUUGUUGAAUAAAAAAGUGUACAAAUAAAAAAUGUGAUUACAA